AUGGAGGCGAUGGACGCCAUACCACUGCCGGCAGCGUGGCUGCAGAACAUCGCGAUGCUAGCAGCAGGCAGCGGUAGCGUGGGCAGCGUGGGCGGCGUGGGCGCCGUGGGCGGCGUCGGUGGCGCCCUCUACGGCCAGAACGUCGUGAUGGGUUCGUGGUGCGCUCCAUACGACGCUCUGCAACGUCCACCUGCAUACGAUGGAGUCCUGGAGGCGUACGAGGAGGGCCGCGAGUGCGUGAACUGCGGCGCCAACAACACGCCGCUGUGGCGGCGCGACGCAACCGGCCACUACUUGUGCAACGCGUGCGGCCUCUACCACAAGAUCAACGGCGUCAACCGGCCGCUGGUGAAGCCCAGCAAGCGGCUGGACGGCUCCGUGCAGAGAUGGAUGAGUGUGGAAGGCAUGGCCAGGGGCAUGAAGAAGGGAACUACACGCUACCGCUCCCCACUUAGACAGCGGCGUUGGGUGUCCCGAUUGUACGCGGCACACUGUGCUAUUCUUUCCGCCGCCGAUGUUACUCUGGCAAUCCGCUUGAUCCGCUUCCGUCGGGACACUCGACGUCGCCGUCGCUCCUGGUCAACGACAGUCGGGUGGGGUUCGCUCCAGACGGAGGCUGCGUCCUGUCGCGUGUGGCGGCGAGAGGGGCCAAUGGGCCGCGGCCCCGCCCGCCGCACCGCCAAGGAGGCGGCGCCUUCUUGUCUCUCCUCCAUAAAACCGCUCUGUACCCUCGGCGGCGCGGCGCCACGGCCAGUGCUGCACCAACUGCGGCUCGCGCAACACCACGCUGUGGAGGCGCAACAACGACGGGGAACCGGUCUGCAACGCCUGCGGACUGUACUACAAGCUGCACGGGAUCAACAGACCGUUGGCAAUGAGGAAGACGGCAUACAGACUAGGAAGCGGAAGCCGAAGAAGUCUGCCAACGGCGCUAAACCACCGCAAGAGACGGCCAAGAAAGAUGAACACAGCUCACCGGGAAUUGACGAGAGCAAGCCGAGCGUCGCUGAGGUGGCGCUGCCCCUGAGCGCCGCGAGCAGCAGCGCGGGGAGGGCGCGCAGCGAAGCGGGCGGCACCCCCGGCCCGCACGCACACGCGCACGCGCACUCGCACGCGCACGCACACGCGCACGCACACUCGCACGCACACGCGCACGGGCAGGCGCAGCAGUACCCGCUGGGCGUGCCGGCGCCCGCCUUCCUCUCCAACCCGUCGCUGUUCAACAUCAAGAGCGAGCCGAGCGCCGCGCCCCCCUACGAGGGCUACGCGCACGCCGCCGCCCCCUACCACUCGCAGCAGCACUACCUGCACGCCCUGCAGUACGGACUCGGCAAUAGCGAAGAAGAGGAGGGAAGCGGAUUCCUGCACCAGAGAAACGUGACAGCACACGCCAAGCUUAUGGCAUCCACG